AAAUCGUUCUCACAGUUUAAUGAACGUGCCGGCAGAGUAUGACAAUUUACCGUUUGUGUUGGCUAUGGCAUUAGUACAAUCUACAUUUUACCUGUUCAUGGAGAUAUGAAGAUGUGUUUGUCACCGAACGAAAGAGCUUUCUGAUGGUUUAAAGCGUUUACGAGUGAAAAUCGAAAUGAAAGUAGAAUUCUACUCACGCUUCUCUUGUGUACAUGACAUUUAUUAUAUUUUUUUUCUCAAUCGUCGUACAUAGCACAGUAGUGAAGAUGUUUGUGUGAAAAGUCGAAAUGAAAGUAAGUUUUCUAUGUACGCUUCUUUCAUGUAUAUCGCAUGGGCUUUUGGUCGACACCCAACACAUCGACUACUACGCCGUACUUGGUGUCAGAAGGACAGCGGGUCACGAUGAAAUAAGGUCGUCCUACAAAGCAUUGAUGUUGGAGCUACAUCCUGAUAGAAACCGGCAAGAUCUUUUAGCAAACGAAAAAUCAGCCAUGAUAAAUGAAGCUUAUCAUACCUUACGGGAUGAAUAUAGACGUGCUCGAUAUGAUAGGGAGCACCAAUCAGCUGGCAAAUGGGAAGGAACAUACGGGCAGUUUACUUAUAACUAUUUCGAACGAGACGCAGGAUAUGGACAGUUUGCCUACAACUAUUUAAAGCGAUACGCAACAUACAUUAGGAAAUUCGUUGUUAAAGGAGGGGAAACUGAAGAGACUAGUGGUGAUUUGGGAGUUUUCUUGGCUUUUACUGCAACAUUUGUUUACAGGAGCCCUGCGAUCAUGUUUCUGUUGCUUUGGGUGGUUGUUGAGAAUAAACCACAUCUGUUUCUUAUGAUCUGGAUUUCAGCAAAGUUAAAAAAACUGGAGACCAAAUAUUUGCAAUACCUUGCUUUUCUGUGGAUCAUCUACAUUAUCAUCAUCAGAUAUAUCCAUGAAAGCCUGACCUCGGAUUUCAGUUCAAGGAUAUUCCUAUUCCUGUUCAAUUAUCCUAAACUUUUUGUAUUCUAUUUUAUUUCAACUGUAAUUGCAACUUUCGUAUUCUUCUGGAGAUACAAACCUCACCAAAAUCAACAAAUAAAAUUGACUAUUUUUGGUCUACAGCAUGGCAUAGCUUUCUUGCAUCUUUCAGAAACUAUGGAAGGUGAAACAAGCUAUUUGGAUGUGUUGAUUGCACAAUUGAUAUUUGUAGCCAUUUCUGAGAUUUUAUGGAUAAUGUUGUUUAAACAUGUGGAGAGUUUAAUCAAAUCAGACUCCUCUAAGUUGUACACGUUCUGUAAAGUGCGUUGUAGGAGGAUUGCGAAUUUCCUGUUGAGUUGUAUUCAACAAUUUGGUGCUCGUCUCAACAAUUUGAUCAGACGUCUGCGUUUUCAUGUCGAAUCCCUUCCGAAUUUCGCUAGGAUGUACGACGUGACAGCAAUAGCUGUAGCAACACUUUAUAACAAUUCAAUAAAUAUGUGCUGUACUGUUUUUCACUGCAUAUUCAACAUACGUCACAGGAUUGCGAAUUUCCUGUUGAGUUGUAUUCAACAAUUUGGUGCUCGUCUCAACAAUUUGAUCAGACGUCUGCGUUUUCAUGUCGAAUCCCUUCCAAAUUUCGCUAGGAUUUACGACGUGACGGCAAUAGCUCUAGUAACACUUUAUAACAAAACAAUAAAUGGGUGCUGUGCUGUUUUUUACUGCAUAUUCAACAUAAGUCACAGAAGGUCAGCCAACGAAGCACAGGAGCGAAGAUUGCUGACCAAUGUAGAGUAUAUACUGGAGGGACGUUUCCACACACGAGAGCAACUGAAUCUCCUCCGACAGAACUGCCAGAGAAUGCCCGUAAUGAAAACUUGGCAUGUUGCUGGAGCUCAGUCCAAUACUCAUAGAUUUGCUGGUUUUGUUCUUGGCGAAGAUCACGUCACACUCACUGAAAGAGAAGAACAUGAACGGAGCUCUACUAUUUAUCCUGUACGGACCGAAGAAGACCAGGAAGACUCCACGUGAUCUCUAGCUUUACAAACUAGGGUAUAUAAGCUCCCCCCCC